CUGGAUGUCACGGCAGUUUUGCCGAGCGGUUUGUCAAACAAGUGUAAAGUUGUCCAGGAUGAACCCGGCGGCCAGGACACGGCAGCUGGGUGAAGUUUGUUCGCUGCUCGAGCCUCGUUUCUCUGAAUGAUGAACAGUGGAGCUGUUUUUUCCGCCGCACUGACUGAACGGGCUAACGGCUGCUAGCUGCUGCUAGCGUUAGCAGACGGCGUCAACCGUCGCUUUGAAUCGUUGACAAACUCGGUCAAGUUUGAGCACAGGCGACUGAAAAGGAGGCGGCGAACACACGGGAGGAGGACAGCAUGGAGAACAAGGACAAGGUCCAGAUGAGGAAUCACCCGCGAAGACAGCUGAAGAAGCUGAGCGAGGACAGUCUCACCAAGCAGCCGGAGGAAGUGUUUGACGUCCUGGAGAAGCUGGGUGAAGGGUCGUACGGCUGUGUGUUUAAAGCCAAUUACAAGGAGACGGGGGAGAUCGUAGCCAUCAAACAGGUUCCCGUGGAGUCGGAUCUUCAGGAGAUCAUAAAGGAAAUAUCCAUCAUGCAGCAGUGUAACAGUCCUCAUGUGGUGCGGUACUAUGGCAGCUACUUCAAGAACAGUGACCUGUGGAUCGUCAUGGAAUAUUGUGGAGCCGGAUCAGUGUCUGAUAUCAUCAGGAUACGCAACAAGACGCUGACAGAAGAAGAGAUCGCCUCCAUCCUGCAGUCGACUGUGAAGGGUCUGGAGUAUCUUCACUUCAUGAGGAAGAUCCACAGAGACAUCAAAGCAGGAAACAUCCUGCUGAACACGGAGGGUCAGGCCAAGCUGGCCGACUUUGGAGUUGCUGGACAACUAACAGACACGAUGGCGAAGAGGAACACAGUCAUCGGCACGCCGUUCUGGAUGGCUCCAGAGGUCAUACAGGAGAUCGGCUACAACUGUGUGGCCGACAUCUGGUCUCUUGGAAUAACAGCUAUAGAGAUGGCUGAGGGGAAGCCGCCCUACGCUGACAUUCACCCAAUGAGGGCCAUCUUCAUGAUUCCCACCAACCCUCCUCCCACGUUUCGGAACCCAAACCUGUGGUCGUCGGCGUUUCAAGACUUUGUCAAACAGUGUUUGGUGAAAAACCCGGAGAACAGGGCGACGGCCACGAAGCUGUUACAGCAUCCAUUUAUCAAGUCAGCCAAGCAGAGCGCCGUCCUCCAAGCCCUGAUCACAGACGCCAUGGAGAUCAAACUGAAGAAACAAGAGGAGGCGGAGCAGAGGGAGCAGGAUGCGGAGGAUGAUGACAACUCGGACGACGAUGACGUCGACCACGGGACAAUGGUGCGGGCGGGGACCGGAGACUCGGGGACCAUCCGGGCUGCUGGUUCAGCAGGUUCGCCUAGCGGUACGACACGGACUAUGAUCGAACACGAGGACACGGGAACCAUGCAGUUGCAGCUGGGCACCAUGGUGAUCAACUCUGACGAUGAGGACGAGGAAGUGGACGGGACCAUGAAAAGGAGAGACGAGACGAUGCAGCCGGCGAAGCCGUCCUUCCUCGAGUACUUUGAGCAGAAAGAGAAGGAGGCGAACAGCCACAACGACGGAGGAGGAAGAGGAGAAAACAACGCAGACAACCGCAAACUGCCUGGAGAAGGAGAUCUGGAAGUGGUAAGCUCGUGGUCGGUGGAGGAGCUGCGGCUGAGACUCGCAUCUCUGGACCCUCAGAUGGAGCAGGAGAUCGAGGAGAUCCGUCAGCGCUACCAGGCCAAGAGGCAGCCCAUCAUGGACGCCAUCGAGGCCAAGAAACGGCGGCAGCAGAACUUCUGAGGAGAACCAGCUGAUCUCCUCGCAGACGCCGCUGGAUGAUUGAUCUCCUCACCAGCAGCUGCUCAGACGGCGCUGAGGUUUCCUGCUCAGGAGAUGAUGCAGCUGGAUGUGACGUCUGAUUUAGAAGAACCUGAUGAUCAUGGAGCCGCUGAGUUUGUUAAACUGAGACUUGAUGUCAGAAGAACGUCCAAAGAGCCGAGACACAGAAAUCACUGACGUUUGAUUUGAGGUUCCCUCUGUUCGGCCCGUUUGAGAAGAUCUUUGAGAACUUGUUUUGUGUGUUUUGUGACUCAUCAUCAUCAUCAUCAUCAUCAUCAUCAGAUCUGGAUUUCUUUCUGUUUUUUUCUUUCUGUUUUUUUUUAUAGUACACUGUCGUCUUCAGCCGCAGUGAUGAUUGUUGAUCAUGUGGUACAGGAUCGUGUGAACAGCUGACUCUUCAGCUUAGGUACGCCUCAUUGAUCCAUCAGCUGUUCUGUAGUAAACACUGAUGCUGCUGCUCAGUGUUUCCUCUCUGGAGAAAAGUAUCUCGUCUAGAAAUGAGUCGUUACCUGCUCCUCAACGUGUGUAAAAUAUUCUGAAGAUAAGAUUUUGUUCCAGCAGGUGAUUUCACCCUUUAUGUCACAACGUGUUAUUUUCUGAUCAAUCAAACACAGAUCAAUAACCUUUUUAAAAGCAUCUGUGAAUGAUGAAGUGAACGUGUGUGUUUGCUGACUGGUGAUCAGUUUCCUCGUCUAAACUUUCUCUGCUAAAGUUGCUCAUGAGAAACAUUUUCUUUAAUCUGGUACGUCUCUAGGUUUCUGUCUUUACUGGUGUGGCUGUUUUUAUUUUGUUUUUCCUAAAAAAGAAAGUGACACUUAGAUUUCUCUCAGUUCUGUGUCGUCACGCAGAAAACUGCACACUCAUCAGUAGAUCAGCUGUCGGUCGACUCAGUGGAUCCCAACAUGAGGCUCAAAAUAAAUCUGUUCUGGUCACACGUCCAUGUAGCGUUUAUAAUCACUAUAGGAACAUGUAAUAAAUGGUUUAUAACAGAGUAAUAAUGUAGUUUAAACAGAUUUUUAACUGUUUGUAUUUGUUUAACAGCAGCCUUCAGUUGUGUGUGUCCACAGGAGGAGUUACAGUUGUUACUAAUAAACAUGUAGAGCUGCAUAUUGCACAUUAUAGUGUGUUAUAAACCAUUUAUUACAUGUCUAUACGCUGCCUGUAAAUACUCACUACAGGGAGCUGGAAUUAAAGUAAAGAUGUUCUUGUUGGUUAAAAAUAUAAUCACUCUGCUUGACUGAUGAUGGUUGGCACGGCGACGCUACUUCAUCUAAUGGGAUCCACUGACCUGAUGUUCAAGCUGUAUUUAAUUGUCUAAAGCCGAAGUUUUAAUUUACUGAUUGUUGAGAAAGUGAACGCACCAGAAUGUUUGGAAGGGAAGGAAGUUUAAUCUUCUCUUUGUGAAGCCACCAGUGUCCUUCCCUUUUUAAUUAGGGUUUUUAUUUCAGUGUCCUGCGUCUCUUUUUUCUCCUACGUAAGCAGGAAAAAAAAAAUGUAUGGAACAGAUUCAACAAAGCUUUUAUUUCCUGGAUUGAUCAGUAUGAUCUGGCACAGUAAACUCAGAGAGAUUGAGUCCCAGAUAAGAGCCAAGGAGCCGCAGACUCGGAGCUGGAGUCGACCCAGGUCUGAUUCACCCCCGCUUCUAACAUUCCUCUGAGCCACCCGCUCCUGUCGAUGGACAUCCAGCACAAAAUACAACAAGGGACCAUUUAUAUUUUUAUACACAGCUUUAGUGUUUACACAGUCCGAUAGGAGUCAGAAUAAAAAGCAGCUACUCAGGUCAUAAAGCUCCUCAGGGGUGUAAAAUAAUGACUGUAGAUAGUUUAGAGAUCUUCACACACAGAGUUACGUCUGUAAAUAUGAACAACACUGGGCUGUAUCUGUAUAUAGUGAUUCAUUUGAUGAGUUGAAAGGUUCGAUUUAAAAACAGAGAGACUUCUCAGUAAAUGAUUGUUUUAAAUAUUAAGCAGCGUCGCAUGUUUUUGGAGAGAAACCUCCUUCAGCUGGAGGUAAAGUCCAGACCUGAUGACGGAGUGCUGCAGGAUGCUGAUGCUCUCCAUGUUCCUCUCUAAGAUAAUGACUUAUGAGCACAAGCAAAGCACAAGGGAUUUUUUUUAUUUCUGCCUUAUCUUGUCAACUUUGUUUGCAACUGCUGUUUUUCGUUGGUCAGUGAUCUAAAUAUCUAAAUAUAGAAACUGUUUGGAAAAAGGGAAAAAAAAGAAAAUAAUGGAGCUUGUUAGUUAUUAAAUCUGAUGCAUGAGCUGUUUGGUGCUGGAAGUGAAGUGAAGCUACUCUGCAUCAGGAAUUCAGUCGUAAUCACUGGAGAACAGAGACAUGAACCUGAACCACUGUUUGUUUCCUGCCUUAGUCACAGAAUUGACUUUGUGAUGCUGUUGGUGAUUGUCUGAACUUUAAACAUGUUGUUGUUGUUGUUGUUGUGUACAAACUGAUGACGAAUGAGGUCAAAACAAAACUUAAUGUUCACUUUACACCGGCAGCACGAAGCUCCUCACACAAGAAUUAUUACUGAUCCACUGCUUUAUUUUAAUUAGCAGUGACGUUUGAGCUUCAUUUAAACUCGUGGUUUUCUGCUAAAAAUGAUUGUUUCUUCAAUAAGACACAUCAGGAAUUAAACUGAUGGUGCUGUGAUUUAAUUUAUUUACUGUCUGCAGGUAAUAGAUGAUAUUUCAGCAGCACAACCAGCUCAUAAGAUUCUGUUUUAUUUAAUGAGGGAAUCAGUUACAAUGUGUGAAUCCUACUGAAACACAUGCAGUGUCUGGAUUCAUCAUAUCUCAAGUGUUACCACUGUUCAGGCUGCUCCAGUGUUUAAUUUAUUCAUUUCCAUAGUCCGUCUACAGCAGCUCAAAUAUCAGGGUUUUUAUUUUCUAAUAUCCUUUUUCCUUGUGACACUUUCAGGCGUGUUCAUGUUUUUAUGUGUGUGCUCUAGUGUCAGCUCAGUUUUCAAGUAGGGAAAAAUAACUAACUAUGAAAUGUUCACCUGCAAAAGUGAACAAAUAAAAGAAAAAUAACUCAUCAGCAGCUGGUAGAGACACGGAGUAAAGACACCGAUUUACAAUAAACACCUGAUUUUAGGACAAAUCACGGGUGAGUGAGGAGCCACACUGACUGACCUGAAAGUGUUUUGAGUUUUGAGAAUUCAGACGUUUUCACUGCCUCGUUUCUCGGCCUCUUUUAUGUGCAAAAUUUUUGUUUGUUUUUUUCAGGCAUGUGAGGAUCUGCUGUUAACUCGUCUGUUCUGGCUCUUUCUCGUGUUUUGCACUCGCCCUGUGUGAAGUAUAUCUGCCUUAAAGUAUGCAGUGGAAGUCAUACAUAUGUUUGAGAUCACUGAUGUUUGCUUUGAGUAUUUUAUUUUUGUUUGCUUGUCUAAUAAAGAAACAAAUAAUAAAGGAAACAUGAGAAACA